CGCUAGGCUAGCACUGCUGGCGGGGUGCUCAAGCGGGCGCCCGAAGGGCGCCCCGCAAUUGGUUACGCCCAGCGUCACGCUCGGCGCAGAAUACGGCAGAUCUGCCACAUUUGGGUCGCCCAGCGACCCAGUGUGCCCAGCGUGCCCAGCCCAGCCAUGUUGGGAACCCUUAGGAACUGUUCUACUCUUACUUUAUUCGAUACUCAGACUAAUCAUGCUGUUCCUUUAAGUUUAAAGAGAGCUCUUUCAUCUUAUUCGACUUGUUCCACCAGUGAUUCCCACCGAAAAUGGGCCUAAUGUCAUAUUUUUCAUCCUCCCCCAGCACCCUGAGCGCUCAUGCAUCCCGUGUUACGCUUUAUCAAUCUCAAAGAAGGAGAAUAUGAAUAAGAUACAAAAGCAGACGCAGAGUAAACUGAAAAA